UGUACUCUAUCGUCAUCAUCUUAUUGUUUUUAUGGUGGCACAUGUGUAUCAUCAAAUACAGAUCCACCAAUAGCUUUAUGUCUUUGUCGUGAAGGCUUUACAGGUUCAUAUUGUAAUAUGACACAAGAAAAUAAUCCAUGUGCAAGUAAUCCAUGUCAAACACAUGGUUAUUGCGCAUUAUCAAUAUCAAACACAACGUAUUCAUGUAUAUGUCAAUCUAAUUAUAUUGGUGAUCAAUGUGAAAGAAUUAAUCCGUGUUUAUCAUCUCCAUGCCUAAAUCAAGCUAUCUGUCAAAGUUAUUGGAAUACAACCAAUACUUGGUUUAUUUGUCUUUGUGUGGGAACAUAUACGGGAACAAAAUGUGAAACCUCAUUACUUAAUCCAUGUGGUGGAUUGUGUAUGAAUGGGUAUAUUCUUGUUUUCUUUUGUGAAACACAAGCUAAAAUGAGUAUUGAAGUAAGUCCAUGUGUUAACGGAGUAUGCGUUUGUCCAGCUCAAUAUACUGGAACAUUUUGUGGAUUUGAUAAUCCAUGUUAUAAACCAAUAUGUCGAAAUAGUGGUUUUUGUUCAGCUAAUUAUAAUUCAACAAGUGUUUCAUUUACAUGUACUUGUCCAAGUUACUUUACUGGUCAAUAUUGUGAAACCUCUAUUUAUACGCAAUCAACACCUAAUAGUUGUAUAUCAACAUGUGACCAUGGUGGCUCAUGUGUUAAUGGUCUAUGUAUAUGUACAUCACAAUAUGUUGGACCAACAUGUCAAUAUGAAAAUCCAUGUAUAAAUCAAAAUCUAUGUUUAAAUGGUGCUACUUGUUUUGGUCAAUAUAAUACAAAUGGUAGUGUAUUUACACAAUGUUUUUGUCUUCAAGGAUAUACAGGAGUUUAUUGUGAAGGUACAACACUUUGUUCAUCAACAUCAUGUAAUGGUGGUUUAUGUACAGCAACUCAAAAUAGUAUUGUAUGCGUAUGUCAGACAGGAAAAGUUGGUGAUCGUUGUCAAUAUGCAGAUGCUUGUACAAAUAAUUCAUGUUUACCAUCUGAACGAUGUGAACAAAUAGAAAAUCAAUAUCGAUGUAUUUCUUGUUAUGACAAAAGUAGCUUUUGUUCAGUCUAUCAAAAUCAUAGCGAAUAUUGUCAUGAUCGUUAUACAAUACUUAUUAAUAAUACUUGGCUUCCAGUGCCAGAAGCAUGUCAACGUUCGUGUAAUCAAUGCAUUCCAGCAGAAAAAUCAAAUGAUAAACGUUCAUUAGUUGAAACCAAUGAUGAUAAUCAUUUGAAAUCGAUAGACGAACAAGAUUAUAUAUCUGAAAAUAUGACAAUAACUUCAAGUUCAACAAUAGCAUCAGAAAUUUCAAGACUAAAUAUAAUACUUUCAAGAGAAGAAAAAUGUUUUGAUAGACGAGAUGAUUGUUUAAUGCAAAAAGCAUAUGGAUUUUGUGAAAUUUUUAAUGAAAAAUAUUCAAACGAGUGUGUUAAAACAUGUCAUCCUGAUUGUGCUUUUCUUUCUUAA